GAAUCGCUUACACCAAACGCGAUUCACUCCACCAUAUUGCUAGUGGGAUAAAUAUUUUGCCGACGACCUUCGCGUUUAUCAACAUCACCGGUUAAUACUCCGUACAGUCCCUCGCCGAUACUGAAUUUUUCGUCAACGUCCUUGAAACCGUGAAAGUGACGGGAUAGAUUGCACGAACGUGUUUUUCGCGACCGAAGGAAGGGAACCGCGAAAGUUCCCUGGAAAGUUCCCGCGUUUUUCUCGCAUGUAUAGCUGCCACAAAUUCGAAUCUCUCGCCUCGCGUGUACUCGAGAAAGCGAUAAAAUUACAAAGAAUAACAUGGAUUUAUAUGUCGUCGGAUAGCGUGAGAAUUCUGCUUUAUUUUAGCGACGAACUCGACUUUUCUUCCAUACAAUUUGUCGACGAGAAUGCGUGUUGAAUAUACGAGCAAUUUCUGAUUUAGGCAAGGAACGGAAAGUACCAAAGUUUUAUCCAAUACAAAAAUGGCACCUCCAAAAAUAUUAAUUGGACAGAAUAGACAAACCAACUCUAUAAGUCUAAGGAAAGGAAUGACAACAAGAAGUCAAAAUGCUUUAAUAAACAAUGUAGUAAAACAGUCUAUCAGCAGAGAUACUCGUACCAAGCGGAAGGCAGAAGCUUCACCACCUAAAGAGAAGACAGUCAAAAGAUCCGCCUUCACAAACAUUACUAAUGCCAUUACAUCAUUGGGAGGACAGAAUCAUGCGACAAAAAAAAUAGUUACUCAUGGAAAACUAGUUGUAAUAGACAAACCUGCAGAAAUUAAUAUUGCAAAAGUUAUGCCAGUGAAAUCGAAACCAUUGCCUCGUGUUAAGCCCAUUAUUAAAAAGGAAGACAAAACGGAAAUUGUUAACAAGGUCGUGGUGAAUAUUAGACACAGCACAGAUUUAGAGAAAUCGGAAGACAAUUCACUGUAUGUUAGUGCUUUGGAAGAUGUUACGGAUAGCCUGAAGAAGAUCCGUAGAAACAGCAAUAAUAAGGUUGACGAGAACGAAAAAAAAGUCGAGAAGGACGAAAAAAGCGAACUUACGUCUUCUGUGAGCAAGAAGAAAGCAUUAACUGCCGCUGAAUUGAUCACGGUACCCGUAAGAGAACUACCCAAAGACGUGCAAUGGGACUUUGACAUCGAGAAUUGGUUAGAUCCAUUUCAAGUAUCGCAAUAUGCGAUGGACAUCUUUGAGUAUCUAAAAGAACGAGAGCGUUUAUUUCGCAUCACCGAUUACAUGGAGCGACAAGUAUGUUUGUCGCGGUGGAUGAGAGCGCUGCUGAUCGAUUGGAUGGUCGAAGUACAGGAAUCGUUUGAGCUUAAUCACGAGACACUCUAUCUGGCCGUGAAAUUGGUCGAUCUCUAUUUAACAAAGGUGACAGUCGGCAAGGAAACUCUACAGUUGCUCGGCGCUGCGAGUCUUUUUAUAGCAAGUAAAUUUGAUGAAAGGAUACCACCGAUGGUGGAAGAUUUUUUGUAUAUAUGUGAUGGCGCUUACACACAGAGGGAACUCGUCAGGAUGGAAAUGAAUGUCUUAAGAGUAGUAAAUUUUGACCUGGGAAUACCUCUUUCUUACAGGUUUCUUCGGCGUUAUGCUAGAUGUGCCAAGGUGUCUAUGCCGACGUUAACUCUGGCUCGAUACAUAUUAGAAUACUCGUUGAUGGAUUACACGAUGAUCACGUACAGCGAUAGUAAAAUUGCAGCGGCGGCAUUGCUACUAGCAUUGCUAAUGAAGGACCUGGGAGGAUGGACUCCAACAUUAGAAUAUUAUAGUGGUUAUAAACUUGACGAUGUAAGAGAUAUCUGUAUUCUUUUAAAUCAGUGCCUGCACAAGAAGCAUAAGGAAACUCUAAUGACCGUUCGCAACAAAUACAGCCAUAAGAUUUUCUUCGAAGUAGCAAAGCUGCCACUAAAAGAAACUUUAGAUAUAUAGGUAAAACAAAUAAAAUUGAAAAUAAAGCGAUUGAAAUUAAUUUAUAUAAAUAAGAACAAUUGUCUAAAGUUUGAUAUAAAUACAGAUAGAUGACAUUUGAUAAAGUGGGAGCAAAAGACUAGUCGCUAAGACUAACUAUUGUUGAAUUGAUCUAACCAUAGGCAAUUGGAAUGGUCAUUAGCAUGCGAAUAGCGAUAUUCCCUAAAUAAAAAAAUUGUAUAAUAAUAAUAAAAAUAUAACUUUUGAUAUAAUCUUUAUGAUUACAAAAGACUUAAUAUUCUCUAAAUUGUAUAAUGCAUAAAACGUAAACGAAAACAUAAAAAACAUCGAAUGCAUUUCAAAAACGUUAUAAAAAAAAAACUUCUAUCACACACGAGGUUUAUAUUUUUAUUAUUGUUAUACUAUUUUAUUAUUAUUAUUAUUAUUUAUAUAUAUGACGCGUGUAAUCUAUAUUACUUUAUAAUCUCAAUAUUUAUAAGUUAUUUUACUUUUUUCUUUUUUAUAUUAAAAAAUUUAUUUUAGCGCCAUGCUUUUACAUCUUGCGAGGUAAUUUUCAACCGAGAUUUGUAGCGCCGGGUUUUCAAUGUAUAAAGGGAGGAUGAAAAGUAAUGCGCACGGUCAGAUUUCUUAAAAAAAAAAAAAAAGAAAAGAUGUAUUUUAGAAAAUCGAAAAGAGAAAUAAAAUGUAUUUUUGUAUAUAAUCGUCCAUCCACCUUAUAAUACUUAAAAUAUUGUUUCAGAUAGAAAACGAAUUUGUUCAUCACUUAAUUUUGCAAUACAUGAAAAAAAGAUUUUUUUUUAAUUGUUAAAAGAUAUCCAAAUUGUGCGGCUUCACAUUUCUCGACUUGAAUUCCAUGCUUUGUAUCGCAGGAAUUGAUUUUUCAAUAUUGCAAUAUUCAUCCGUAAUUUCGGAGUGAUCGGACUUAAAAUAUACAUAUUGUGCUACAAAUUUUAUUCUGCUUUGAGUAACACAUUUUCUGAAAGCGAUGACAUAAAAAAUAACCGAAUAACUUUAUAUUUUAUCUAUUAUUAUUCAGAUAUCUGUAUCUCGAGACACUUGACCAUGUGCAUUACUAUUUAAUUUCUCUUCUCUAUCUUCCUCUCUCUCAUCUUCUAUCCUCCUAAUUAAUCUUAAUUCUUUGAUGUUUUUUCUUCCAAAAAUAUUUCCGUAGUAUUGACAAUAUCACCGACUGCUGAUCAACGAUAUAUGCUCAGAGCGAAUGAUCAUGCAGUAAUUUUUAUUCAAAAUGCUGUCGUAUAAAUAGUGUGGCGCAUUGUUAUGCAUCGUUGUUGCAUUUUACAGUCGGCUUUCCGUAUUCUUUCACACUUAUUAUUAACUUUUUUAUUUUUAACUUUUUCUUUCUCCAUGUCAUUCUAAUAUCAUCCUAUUUGACGAUCAAAUUUAGAAUAUAAGUAUAUGUUGGAGAAAAAGUCAAAAAUAAAAAAAGCUAAAUCUUCGAUCUCGUCGAAGAAAAGCACGGUGGUUCGAUUGCAUAUAAAUUGAUGAAGCUUAUGUUGCCAGGAUGAGAAAUUUGGGUUUCUGAUUGUUACAGUCGUGAAUCAAAAUUUGUAUUGCGUUUCAUGUGAGAUUCUCUCAAUUUCUCUCAGGGAAAUCUUAUGCCUGAUAUCUUAUUGAAAUAUGAAUUUAUUCAAGAAUCUAUAAGUUAGCUAUAUAUGUUAUAGUAAUCUAGCUAAGUACGAUUUAAGCUCAUUUCUCGUACACUUAGCAAAGUAAGAUUUCCCUUUUUUAUUGAAAAUGCAUAAUGCUCACUCUGCAAACGCUUGCGUGCCAAAACUAAAUAUGAUUAAUAAUUUGCAAAAGAUUUACACUAUAUUUAUAAUAGAUGGAUAAGACGUUUCAAGACAUAACUUGCAUAAUAAUGCUAUGGUAACAUAGAACUUUUCCCUGAACAAAGACAUGCAAAAUAAUUGUCAACAAAAAAUAAAAAGGACCACCUGUGAUAUUAACAUUCACUUAUAAUGUCACAAAAUCAUAACAAUAAGUGUUAAAUAUUCUUUUUUAAUACUUUUUUUAAUACAGGGUGGCCACGAAAUUCGUUACUCCUAAUAUGAAAUUGAAGAACUUGUGACGUAAUAAUGAAAUAAAUUCAUAAUUUGCCAUAUUACAAUAUAAUCUAUUUAUAUAAUUAAUAUACUUUAUUUAUCAAACAAUUUGUUUAAAUAAAAAAAAAGAAAAAUAAGUGUGAAGCAAGAUAUGAAAUAAUAUGUACAUUAAUAUAAAAUUAAUCUUUAAUAUAUAAAAAAUAUAUUCAAUGUAAUAAUAUACUUGGCAGAUCAAAAUAUAUUACCUAUUAUUUUCAUUGCAGAAGGUGGUGUAUCACCAAAUUCUUUGUACGUGUGAUAUUUUUUGUAUUUUUUAUUGAAUAAAAGUUAUAAAAUAAAAAGAGAUAAAAUAUAUGUGAUGAAUAUGCAUAUAGCAUAUUUAUGAUAAUGACUAAUUUAUAUAAAAGAAAUAAGGAAUUUUAUGGCUGCCCCGUAUAUACACUAAGUAAUUGUGUACAAUAUUUAUAUAUGACUCUGCUUUCUCUUUUAGAAAAAAAAAAAAAAAAUAGAAUAUAUUAUACACACUUUUGAAAUGAUUAAUCAUCCAAGUAGGUUCUUAUCUCAAAAAAGUGAACAUAAGUAAAUUACAUAUUACUUACUGUACAUACAUUUGAUUGCAGAUUUGCAUCUGUACAUGUAUAUAUCCAUAAUUAAUCUUUAGGACAAAUUUAAAAUUUAUGUAAUAAAUAAUACAUCAUCACAUACACUGAGGUGCAAAAAUGUGCAGUCGAAAUUAGGCUAGUGUGUGUAUAUAUAUAAUUGAUAAUAUAUUUUUUCUAUUGUCUAUAAUAUAAUAAACCUCUACUAUAUCUAUUAUCCUCAGAUAGAUGUGUGCUAUAAACACAUAUAACUGAAUAAAAUCAUAAAAAUUUAUUAAUUGUAUUAUUUUAAUGCGAAAUAUUUCAAAUAAAAACAAUUUUUCCUAA